AUGGCUAAUAGUCUUACACGUACUUUCUUAUUUGGUUCACGAGUGGUACAAACAAGCUUUGUACGUACACUCACUUCUCAAGGUUCAAAAGGAAGCGGUACCAAUACUCAAUCAGGUGGUUAUGGUGGUAGUGGUUUAUCAUCUCAACAAUCACGUGGUCGUGGAGGCAGCGGUUCAUCAUCUCAACAAUCAGGUGAUCGUAAAGGCAGCGGUUCAUCACCACAACAAUCAGGUGAUCGCAAAGGCAGCGGUUCAUCAUCACAACAAUCAGGUGAUCGUAAAGGCAGCGGUUCAUCAUCACAACAAUCAGGUGAUCGUAGAGGCAGCGGUUCAUCAUCACAACAAUCAGGUAGUACUGAACGCACUAGUUCAACAAGCCAAAAAACAAAUGUUCUUGGAGCCGAUGGUGCUGAUUAA